CCUAGUUACUGGAGACUGCUGUCGCCUGAGGCACCUAAGAUUGGCAGCUCCUCUUGGCAACCACAUUUGGUAUCGGUGUUUACUUCUACCUGGGACAUGACUCUACGGUAACACCAGGAAUACAGUCGCCAUGUCGUUGCUUGAUAGUCAUUUGGAGCAGAUUAUGCUCUCUUCCAAUGCCAUUGCUGAGCUGCCUUUUCCCCCUCCACGGAUCUUCACAAACGCUCUUUUAGGCCCCCACGACAUUACCGCUCUUAUCCGCGACACGGAGACACAUGAACGGGCUUUAUUUCAAACCGAUCCUUCAGUGAGGUCAAUCAAAUAUUCACAGCGACGGUCAAACCGGCGAGGAACGGGAUUCCCAUCGGAGGCGGAGGGGGAGUCGAUGGCCAGUCGAAUCUAUGCAGCCAGGAAUAAUAGAAACCAUUCAGCCGUGGCAAAAGUACUAGGAUCAGAUAUGAUGGAGGAAAUCAAACGAUCAGCUGGCACAUCAACCAGGGGGCGCGGUGAAGUCAACGUCAACAUUCUUCUGAAAGGCGCGGAGAUCCUUUGUAACGUCUAUCCAGUCUCAGGGGCGCAGGAAAAGAUUGCGAGUCUCCGUUAUCGCUAUCAGCUGAUAACAGACUCAAUUCUUGAUCUAGAAGACCGGGUGGCGACAAAUACUGCAGAAUUAGAGAAAAUCAGCCACUCAUACGAAGACGACGAUAACAAUGACGAAGCUACAGGUAGGCUGCAACUAGAUGAUGCGGGCAGUGUGACCGAUGCCGAUAUUGAGCGGGAAAUGGAAGAAAUCAGAGAGCUAGAGAAAAGAAGACGAACCUUAGAGGCCCGCGUCAGUGGUAUAGAGAGAGACUUGGGUGGCUUGAUAGGAUGAUUUGCUCUUUAUGCUCUGGCCUUAUGGCUUAGAUAACACGCAAGAGGGGUGUAGUACCAGGCUAGUCCAACCGUUGACCAGUUCUCCUACGAGCUGCAGAUGCCUGCGGUGAAUCACCCUACAACAGCCAUUUCUCGAACCCGUGCGAUAUAGGCUUCACAUGUUACAGAGUGGGUUUCACGGUCGAGAAGUGGCACUUUAAUCUAGUGAAGAUGCCACGGACGAAUUCUUCUCCUACCUUCACAUGCUUCAGCUAACUUGGGGAUCUGAUUGCUGCGCUAGUUUAUCAGGAUCGGCCGUAUAGGAAAUGUGCCCUCAAUUAUAUUCAUUUACUGAGAUCUCUGUACAUUUCU